AUCAGAGUAAUCUUUUUCCUUUCCUUUAAAAAAGUGGUAGCAAAAUAUACUUUAGUGCAACAUUUUGUAGUGGAAAAGAAUUGAAGAUAGAGUUGGAUUGGGAUUAAUCGUGUGAAACACCAUCUUUGAUGAGGACCUAUAAAUCACUUGUAUCAAGCUUCCUAUCCAGAUUUGAUAUGAUUCUCCUACAUGUUUGGUUUAAAACAAGGAAACAAGCUGUAUUGACAUACUACUUCUGGGUGUGGUGGACUACAAGUAUCUGUGUUGAAGCAGGAAAUGAUAGUUUGAAGGCAGGUGAAAGAUUGGUUGCCAAAUCCAAUCUAUGCUCUAAGCAAGGCAGUUAUUGUCUAUCAUUCGAUGGAACAUUAGAUAGCAAAAGUAAUUAUUAUUACUUGGUUAUUGAAAGAAUGAAUAACUUUGGUGGUCGAGCCUCAGUAGUAUGGAUGUAUGAUAGAAAUCAUCCAGUUGAUAUUAAUUCAGCGGUUUUAUCUCUAAACUACUCCGGUGUGCUCAAAAUUGAAUUUCAAUAUAGAAAAGAAAUAAUCAUUUACUCUUCACCUCAACCUAUAAACAAUACUGUGGCUACUAUGCUAGACACAGGUAACUUUGUACUUGAACAACUUCACCCCAAUGGAACUAAGACUUUAUUGUGGCAGAGUUUUGAUUAUCCAGCAGAUAUUUUGAUCCCAGCGAUGAAGUUAGGUGUUAAUCGAAAAACUGGACAUAAUUGGUCUCUAGUUUCGUGGUUGACUCCUUCGCUGCCAUAUUUGGGUGAAUUUAGUCUUGAAUGGGAUCCAAAAGAAGAAGAAUUGAACAUUAAGAAACGCGGGAAAGUGUAUUGGAAAAGCGGAAAACUUGUAAAUAAUGGAUUGUUCGACAAUAUUCCAGCAAAUGUUCAACAAAAUUAUCAAUACGUUAUUAUCUCUAACAAGGAUGAAGAUUCUUUCAGUUUCGAAAUUAAAGAUCGGAACUCUAAGAUGCUUACAGAAUGGGCACUCUUCUCUGAUGGGAGGUUUGUGAGUUUGGAAGGAGAGUUGGGUAAUGCAGAUAUUUGUUAUGGAUAUAACAGUGACGGAGGUUGCCAAAAAUGGGAGGAUAUACCAACUUGUAGGAAGCCUGGUGAGGUGUUUGAGAUAAAGAUAGGCAGACCUAACACUGACUAUGCUAUCCUCCAAGACAAUGUGAGUUAUGGUUACAGUGAUUGCAAGAUGAGUUGUUGGAGAAACUGUGGUUGCAAUGGAUUCCAAGAAUAUUCUGAUAAUGGAACUGGAUGUAUAUUUUAUCCAUGGAAUUCUACUCAAGAAGUUGAUUCGGAGAGUGUGAAUAGGUUCUACAUGUUAGAAAAGCCAGUAAAGUCAGACCCAAAUCACCACGGCAAAAGAAGAUGGAUAUGGAUAAGUGCAGCAAUAGCAGCUGCUUUACUCAUAAUGUGCACACUCAUUCUAUGGAUAGCAAUAAAGAAACACAAAUUUGGACUUAAAGAGAAGAAAGUUAAAAGUAAGGAGAAAGAGAUGCAAGAGCUGGCCGCUUCCGAUGAAUUAUAUAGUAUCAAAGAUCUUGAAGAUGAUUUCAAGGGACAUGAUAUAAAAGUUUUUACCUAUGCAUCAAUUUUGGAAGCAACCAUGAAUUUUUCCCCUGAAAACAAGUUAGGACAGGGAGGUUAUGGACCUGUUUAUAAGGGAAUCUUUGCAUCCGGGCAAGAAGUUGCUGUAAAAAGACUUUCAAAAACUUCUAGACAAGGAAUUAUUGAAUUCAAAAAUGAAUUGGUACUGAUAUGUGAACUUCAACACACAAAUCUUGUGCAACUACUUGGUUGUUGUAUUCAUGAAGAAGAAAGGAUUCUAAUCUACGAAUAUAUGCCAAACAAAAGCUUGGAUUUCUAUCUAUUCGAUUCUACAAAAAGAAAGCUACUCGAUUGGAAGAAGCGGUUCAGCAUUAUAGAAGGAAUUUCUCAGGCAUUGCUCUAUCUUCAUAAAUAUUCUAGACUAAAAAUCAUUCAUAGAGACUUGAAAGCUAGCAACAUACUUCUUGAUGAAAAUAUGAAUCCAAAAAUUUCUGAUUUUGGCAUGGCAAGAAUGUUCACACAACAGGAAUCCACAAUAAAUACCAAAAGGAUUGUCGGCACAUAUGGAUACAUGUCUCCAGAAUAUGCUAUGGAAGGAAUUUGUUCUUCAAAGUCUGAUGUCUAUAGCUUUGGAGUAUUACUACUUGAAAUUGUUUGUGGAAGAAAAAACAACAGCUUCUAUGAUGUUGAUCAUCCACUAAAUCUAAUAGGACAUGCAUGGGAGCUAUGGAAUGAUGGCGAGUAUAUGCAGCUAAUGGAUCCAUUAUUAAGUGACUCAUUUGUUCCCGAUGAAGUGAAAAGGUGCAUUCACGUUGGUCUCUUAUGUGUACAACAAAAUGCAAAUGAUCGACCUACAAUGUCUGAUGUUAUAUCAAUGUUGACAAAUAAAUAUGAACAUGUUACUUUACCGACAAAACCAGCAUUCUAUGUUAGAAGAGAUAUCCUCGAUGAGGAAAGAACUUCUAAAGCUCUGGACACUGACACCUAUUCUACAACUGCAAUUUCCUCUUCGGAAGUAGAAAGGCAGUAAAUAAGUUUUUCUAGUCUAAAUUUAAGAGUGCUGAGUGAGUACUAUGAUGACUAUAUAACUUUACUUUCUUAAAUCUUAGUCAACUCCAAUUUUAUGUAAUUAGCAUAAUCUAUUAUAAAGUUGUUGUCUAUUUUCCAUUAUUAUUUUAUGUUAUAGAAACUACUACA